CUCUCUCUCUCUCUCUCUCUCUCAAUUUUUUUUUUUCAAUUCGUGAUCGAAUUUUCUUUCCAAAUAAUGUUAGAUCCGUUGCCUUCGGGAAGAAAGUUUAAACCUAGAAAAGCAUGGUUUUCAGGAAAUCGUCAAUCCUGCAGAAACCUUGGGUUUCCUGAUUUCAUCGGCUAUUUCAUCAAUUUUUCGAUUCGAUCAGGAUCGGUUUUUUACCCACGAAAUCUAGCAUGUUCUGAUCCAGCUUGGGUGUAUGAUCAGGAGACCUUGCUGUUUGUUUUUGGGCUUUGGUGUAUAGACUUCAAAGCCCUUUGUGCACAAGGUGGUAAUCGAAGAAGUUUGUCAAGGGCCAAUGGGACAAGGAGGAUUGGGUUUCAGAUUGGCAGAAAUACAAGGCCUCCCUCUCUGUGCGUUUCCAAUCUUUACCCUCCUAUAUUUUCAUCUAAAUCACAAUUUAUAUGAUUAUUUUACUGAUUCUAUUUUUUGGUAUUUGAGUUUUUAUCUCCUGAUUAUUUUUUCCAGAGGUUGUAUUAAUUUUCCUUUGACUGGAAAUUUUGGGUUUCUUCAGAUUCGCCUAAUCCUAUUGGUACAUAAUCAUAUGAGAAAAUUAGGAUUUGAACAUGUUAAUUAGCUAUGAAUUAGUUUACAUUAGAGAAUAUAUGUGAUUUUGGAUUCGUGUUGGUGUAGCUAGGGGCAAUUAUAU